ACACGCACAUACAUUGCCGCCCUCACAAAACUUAUACACACGCACCAUCAUAUCACUGUUUGUUUAAGCUUGUAAAAGUUUAAUGAUUCUAUACAACCGACAAUUUCACGAGAGUUUAAAUCAAAUUUAUUGUAGCUAUCCGUUAACAAUAUUUACGUUCCGACCCCCGCGCGGGCCCCACAAGAAACCAUGUGUAUGCUCACUGCUGAACAUCGACGCUUGCUAAACUCUUGCUACUGACCCCAUCUAAUAACAAUGGCUGCUGCAGACGUUAGCAGGGAUAUUGCUGAUAUUGAGAGUAUCCUGGCUUUGAACCCGAGAGUCCUUCACAGCGCCAGUUUAGUACCCAGUGCAGCCACCAAGCAGAACAGGAAACACUGGAAAAGGAACCAGGACAAAGGAUGUUCGUCUUGUGAGCCCAAAGAGAAGAAUUUUUCUGACAUCAAACACACAACCCUGAGUGAACGAGGGGCUCUGAGAGAAGCAUCAAGAUGUUUGAAGUGUGCAGAUGCUCCCUGUCAGAAGAGUUGUCCAACACAGCUGGACAUAAAGUCAUUCAUAACAAGUAUAGCAAACAAGAACUUCUACGGAGCAGCUAAGUCCAUUUUGUCAGACAAUCCUCUUGGCCUUACUUGUGGUAUGGUCUGCCCGACCUCUGACCUCUGUGUUGGUGGUUGUAACCUGUAUGCCUCUGAAGAAGGACCAAUAAACAUCGGAGGAUUACAGCAGUUUGCCACUGAAGUAUUCAAAGCUAUGAAGAUUCCACAGAUUCGUGAUCCAGGGUUGCUUCCCCUUGAAGAGCUGCCUGAGAGUUACCAGACCAAGGUGGCUCUUGUGGGCUGUGGGCCUGCUAGCAUCAGCUGUGCCACCUUUCUGGCGCGCCUCGGCUAUUCAAAUCUCACUAUAUUUGAGAAGAAUGAUUAUAUAGGGGGACUGAGUUCCUCCGAGAUUCCUCAGUACCGUCUUCCCUACAGUGUGGUCGAUUUUGAAGUGGAGCUGAUGAAGGAUGUUGGAGUCAAGGUUAUGAAUGGCAAGGCUUUGUCAACUAAAGAUCUCACACUGGAGGGUUUGAAGGGGCAGGGAUAUGAGGUGGUGUUCCUCGGCACCGGCCUCCCAGAUUCAAAGAGGAUUCCGAUUUUCAAAGACCUGACAGAAGAUAUGGGAUUUUACACUUCGAAGGAUUUUCUGCCCAAGGUAUCCAGAGCCAGCAAAGCAGGUAUGUGUGCCUGUAAGAGCCAGUUGCCAGCAUUGAAGGGAAAAGUGAUCGUCCUAGGUGCUGGGGACACUGCAUUUGAUUGUGCUACCUCUGCAUUGCGAUGCGGCGCCAAAAAGGUGUAUGUGGUGUUCAGGAAAGGAUUUACCAACAUCAGGGCUGUUCCAGAGGAGAUGGAGCUGGCUAAGGAGGAGAAGUGUGAGUUCCUGCCAUUUAUGUCACCACGCCAGGUGAUGAGAAAGGGUGGUCAAGUGUCAGGGAUGGAGUUUGUGCGAACAGAGCAGGAUGAUGACGGAAACUGGGUGGAGGAUGAAGAAGAGACAAUCAGAAUAAAGGCAGACUAUAUCAUCUCGGCAUUUGGAUCAGGAUUGUCAGAAUCCGAGGUGGUGGACGCUAUGAAGCCUAUCAAGUUCAACAACUGGGGGUUACCCGAGGUCAACACUGACACCAUGGCAACCAGUGAACCGUGGGUAUUCUGUGGGGGAGACUUGGCUGGUGUCGCCCAGACUACAGUGGAGUCUGUCAACGACGGCAAGACUGCCUCCUGGUACAUCCACAAAUACCUCCAGUCCCUCCAUGGUCUGCCAGUCCCUGCAGUACCAAGCCUGCCUAAGUUCUUCACAGCGAUUGACUCUGUAGAUGUCUCAGUGGAAGUGUGUGGCCUUAAGUUCCCCAACCCCUUUGGUCUGGCCAGUGCCCCUCCCACCACUAGCAGUGCCAUGAUACGCAGGAGCUUUGAACAAGGUUGGGGGUUUGCCCUCACCAAAACCUUUGCCCUCGACAAGGAUAUUGUGACAAAUGUUUCUCCAAGAAUUGUUCGUGGGACAACAUCAGGCUACCUGUAUGGCCCUGGCCAGGGUGCAUUCCUCAAUAUAGAGCUGAUCAGUGAGAAAACUGCUGCCUACUGGUGUCAGAGUGUCACAGAACUGAAGAGAGACUUCCCUGACAAGAUCCUGAUUGCUAGUAUCAUGUGUGCGUACAGUAAGGAUGACUGGAUGAUAUUAGCAAAGAUGGCUGAGGAAUCUGGUGCUGAUGCCCUUGAGCUGAACCUGUCAUGUCCCCAUGGUAUGGGGGAGAAAGGCAUGGGACUGGCUUGUGGACAGGAUCCUGAGAUGGUUAGAAACAUCUGUCGCUGGGUACGAGAUGCCAUUAAGAUCCCUUUUUUUGCCAAGCUGACACCAAAUGUGACGAAUAUUGUUCUCAUAGCUAAGGCUGCAUAUGAAGGUAAAGCUGAUGGGGUCACAGCAACUAACACUGUUUCUGGCCUGAUGGGACUGAAAGUCGAUGGAGCUGCUUGGCCAAGUAUUGGCAAGUCUAAACGCACCACAUAUGGUGGAGUUUCUGGUAAUGCCAUUCGACCAAUCGCCCUCCGAGCGGUGUCAGCCAUUGCUAAUGCUAUCCCAGGGUUCCCCAUUCUGGCCACAGGAGGUAUUGAUUCUGCUGAGGCUGGUCUUCAGUUUCUACAGGCUGGAGCAUCAGUAUUACAGGUGUGUAGUGCAGUACAGAAUCAGGACUUUACCCUGAUCGAGGACUAUGUUCUGGGACUGAAGGCGCUGCUCUACCUCAACAGCCUCGAGGACCUGUCCAACUGGGACGGACAGAGCCCCCCUACACAGCAGCACCAGAAGGGCAAACCUGUUGUCAAACUAGCAGACCUUGUUGGUCAGAAACUCCCGUCUUUUGGUCCAUAUGCCGAGCAGAAGGCAGAAAUAUUGGCCAAACACUUCAAAGAUGUAGACAUUCUAGGUAAAGAGUUCCAGCCUCCUCCAAACCGUCCAGCCAACGUACCAAAGAAGCCAGUUCCUAGUGUCCAGGAGGUCAUUGGUAAGGCACUGCCAAUGAUUGGAUCCUAUGGUGACCUAAACAACAAGGAACAGGUGGUGGCCCUCAUUGAUGAGGACAUGUGUAUCAACUGUGGCAAGUGCUACAUGACUUGUAACGACUCGGGCUACCAGGCCAUCAAGUUUGACCCUGAAACUCACCUGCCAAACGUCACCCAAGACUGUACAGGCUGUACGCUGUGUCUGUCUGUGUGUCCCAUCAUUGAUUGUAUCACCAUGGUGAAGCGUACAGCACCCUACAUACCAAAACGAGGGAUCCCCCUCAACACAGGUUUCAACACCAUGCCUGGGGUCCUCCUGGAGACUAACUAGGGAGUGUGCCCGCUCACACACAUACUUCUGCCUCGUGGGGACAAUCUCAGCCAAUUGUGGGCAUUAUCGACCAGGAGUGAAAAAUCUCUAAAACAUUUGGACAAGAUUGUUAUAAACAAAAGUGUUUUGUGAUCACAAAAACUAAAUUGCAGCCUGAUCAUUUUAUUAAUCAGAACAAAACAGCAUCUUUCAAUGUCUUUUUAUCUCACCUGGGCUGUUGGCCGUCCGUCGUCAACUUUUUACUUUAAACAACUUCUUAUCAAUAACCAAGAGACCCAGGCUGAUGAUUUUUAGAUCACCUGGCACAAAGUUUUUUAGUUAUAUUGCUUUAAAGUAAAGAAAAUUUUAUGCCACAAAAAAAAUAUAGGUUAUCAGAAUUUU